CCCGCACCCAAACACCUUAACCAUAACCCAACAAACACUCACAUGGCCAUAUAAGCAUGAAGCCAUGCCAUGUGCCCCGAUUCUAUGGCUAUGACUAUCGCGACUCAAGCCAAGCUGAUCAAGAUCAAAGCCCACGAGGUGCUGACCAUGCCAGGCGUUGAUACAAUACCAUCCCCGUGCCACACCUCAUGCGGUCCGCGCCAGUAUCCUUUGCCUUGAUUGCAUGUUGCUUGAUCAAUCCUCACGUCCAAAGCCAUGGCUGUUAUAACAACAUGACAGCCCCCGACUGCAUAUCCUCUAUUCCAAGCCUAGGCAACGUGUGUGCAUGACCCAGGUACCGCGCCACAUAGGGCCACCCUUAGCCACCCUUUUACACGCCACCCAAGAUGCACUCGCUCAUCAAGCAUCUCAAAUCGGACAAGGCAGACGAGGAGCCUCACCAACCGCAAUCAGAUGCACCCGUCAAAAGAAGUAGAGCGCCGGCCAAGCCUCCAUCAAACGACCCCAACAUCCCGAAGAAGCGCCUUCAUCUCAACCAGAUAUGCCUCUACGAACGCCGUCUGCCCGGAAGAGCGUACGUCUCCGCUCAUGUGAACCGCUUGCAACACGGCUUCUACAGGUCCGAUGUCCUUCAUGGAGCCGCCAUCAACCAUGUGUACUUUGUCUCUGUCCGUUUUGUCUUUCAUCCACAUGAUCCGGAAUCGCAUCGCUUCAGGAGUGCCGAGAUUCAAGUGAGCCUGCACGGCGAAGACCCCAGCUCCGGCUCCCACAGACGGUCCGGGCGCUCGCAACCGCGCAUCCUGAAGCACGCCCCAGAGCUCAUGUUUGGCGCUGUAUCCCCGGAGAACCUCCAGUGGAACUUCAGCCUUUCGACUUCAUUGGGCGUGUCUCCGGCAUCCCCCGUCGGUGCAUAUAUAAUACCGCAAGCAUCUGUGCAAAGCAGCUACAAGGUCUUUCACAUGAUGAGUAUCCAAGGUUCAGUGCGGUCAAGGCAAGACAGGUCGGGGCAGACUAUUGAAGACUCCAAAGCCGUCUGGACGCUCAGCGAGAAUGUGCUCCAGAAAUCAGGAUUACCGCGCGAGUUUGAUUUUGUGAUGCUUGUGCAGAAGCCAAAGGAUGUUAAGAACAUAUACAUGACGGUCAAUGUAGAUACCAGCGUAGCAACUUGGUAUGGUGCAUAUCCCCAAUGGUACAACAAUCUCUCCGAGUACGUGCCAUCGCAAAACUUUGCUGUCAGCUUCGAACAUGACGUUGGCCAACGGUUUCUUCCUAGCCAUCCUGGGCUUGGCUACAACUUUGCCGACCUGAUACACUCGCUGGAUCAGUAUGUAAUGAUGCCAGGGACUAUCUAUCCGACGGCUGGUACAAAUCAAGGAGAGUUCAACCCGAACCAAACUCACCGGCGGCCACUUGAGGAAAACAAGGUCAAUGAGCCCGACCGUCCACCUUCUCGCUCCAAGCGGCGUCCUAGGUCCCCGAGUGAAUAUCAAUCACGGAUACAGGACUCGAGCCAGCGAGAAAGACGGAACUGGACACCUGAGCAUAUUGAUGUUCGACUUGUUGUCGACCACCGAUUUCCUCGAAGCCCUAAUCCACGGCGUUUUUCGUAUUCGCCCCCGCACGUUGUGGAAACAAGACGACAUCCAUCAAUACGACGCAGAAAGUCACAGAUACGCUUAAAGGAGUGUGGCGAAGCGGAAUUUAGAAGGACUUAUACCCGGUGAUGUAGAGACUGGAGGAAAUAGAACACACACGCUGGAGGAGCAGUUAAUAAACAUAUGGUCACGUGAAAAGUACAUGUGCAUGUGGCCCGAUCCACAUAACAAUCGAUUCGUCAGCCAACGCUCCAUG